AAUUUUGCCAUACUGCGUGGGAUAGUGGUUGCAAACAAAAUAAAAUAUUUUUUUUAUUUUAGCAAUUAUGUCUUUACAAUUCAGCGAUUUGCUUUGCCGGGUGUGCCUGCAACAAGACGAGCUCCUGGUGGACAUUUAUGAGCAUGUGGAAGAGCUUCAAUUGGACUUGUGCUCGUUGCUGGAGAGUUGUGGCAACAUCAAAGUGGACCCGUCCGAUGCAUAUCCGAAAUAUCUAUGCCAGGAGUGCACCAAGGAGCUGCUCAUCACAGCCAAGUUUCGCAAAAAGUGCUCCGAGACAGAGAUACGACUGCAAGAAGACGCUGCACGUAUAUCGCUGAUUUACAAGGAGGAAGAUAUUCUGGCGGAUGAAGAAAUUGUGGAGGAGGAGGAAAUGUGUCUGCCGGAGGAAGGGUACGUGGCAGAGGAAAUCAUUGUAUGCGAUCCCAGCGACUAUGCGGACCGGAUGCCAACAGAGGUGCAGGAGGAGUCGACUGAAGAGGAUCAGGCGCAUCCGUUGUCGCCACUCGUCUCUGCCAGGUACAACUGCGACAAUUGUGGUGCCGUCUUCCAGCAGGCCCAAACCCUUCGCAAGCAUCUCGAGAACUUCCAUGCUCUUAUCACCAUCUACGACUGCAAAAAGUGUGGUCAGUUCUACACGGAUUUCGCCACUUACAAAAGCCACAGCUGCACCGAUCGCUCCGCGGAGUCAUCGCCGGACAAAAGCGGUCGGCAUAGAUGCAUCCACUGCGGCAAGUGUAUGCAGUCCGCCACCAGUCUGGACGAGCACCUUCGCCUGCACAGCGGCGAGCGGCCUUAUUGUUGCGCCAAUUGCCCAAAGACCUUUACGACGAAUGGAGCCCUGGUCACGCACCAGAAGCGACACUUCAAAGUAAUUCAGCACCACUGCAACUAUUGUGGCCAGGGAUUCGUGGAGUCAAGCAAUCUCAAGCGCCACAUAACCGCCAAGCACACAAAGGAAAAGCCGCACACCUGCACCGUGUGCCAGCGCAAGUUCUCCAGGGUCUAUCUGCUGGAGCUGCACAGCCGCACCCAUACGGGCGAACGGCCGUAUAAGUGCAACCAGUGCCAGCGUAGGUUUAGCCAGCUGGGCGUGUUACGCAGCCACGAGAGAAUACACUCGAAUGAGCGCCCUCAUCGCUGCCAGCUCUGCCCGAAAACCUUUGGUCGUGCGACUCAGCUUAGAACUCAUCUGAUGCGGCACGAAAGCGGUCAAGUUCAGUGAAGGAUCUUCAGUGAUUGAUUUUCGUUUUCCAACAUUUGAAAAACGUUUGGUUAAUCUUGCUCCCAAAGAGAACUCCUAAGACUCCAGCAGGCUGGCACUCGUCUCAAGGCAGGGCAAUCAUGGAGGAGCUAUGAGGAAUAUCAGACAAUCGAUGGCAUCGAGUGAUUAUUUGUCUUCUCCCUACUCCUGCGGUUUAGCCCAUGGACCCCAUGUAUUUUUAACUAAUUAAGAGCCUCUUGUUUUAGUUACUUUUUAAAUUGUUUAUUUGCAUGCAGGUAAGAUUUAGUAAUGUUUCAUUCUUGUAAUUGGUUUACAUUUGCUUUGAUUCUGUAAUUAUCCUACAAGUUACAACAAAUUACGUAGUUAUAUGCUUUGUUUUGCUAAAUAUAUAUGUAAACGUAUAUGUUGUAUGUAUACUUGUAUAUGCAUAUCCAUAUAAUGUAAUGUAAAGAUGUGUGUAAGAGAUAAACUUGUGUGCUCGCAUUACGUUGAGAGCACAAUUAUUUCCCAUUUGAUUUCUUUCAUUUCGGUG